CUUGUUUUCAUCUGCUAUAGCCUGGUCUGAGGUUUAAAAUGGCUUUUAGAAAGAUGAGGAAACCUAUUGAACUGUUUGACUGUAAGGUUGUAUGUUCUUCACAUACAUUACGAGAGGUGAAGGCAUGUGUGUAUCUAUGUCUUGCUCUUGCUUUGCUAUUACAGACUAUAAAGGCCUCUAAGCCAAAUCCGCUGACAGGGAAACUAUUUCUUCUCACCGUUCCUAUGAUGCUAAACCCAAAAGGGAAAUGUUUCUUGUAUAUUUAUACGUUCUACGAGGAAGAUAUUAUAGUCAAGGUGAAGCUGCCCAGGACUCAAAGUACAAGCCCGAUUCUUAUGAAUGUCACUGUUUAUAAGUUCCAUGUUGCAGUAUUUCCGGUGGAUUCAAAAUAUAACCCAAGCAAGACGAUGGGGUAUUUGCAGACUAUCCACCUGUUUUCUGACACUGACUUCGGGGUGUAUGCAUUUCUUUACGACUUUGAAGAUUCCGUUUCUAGUCUUCAGCUGUUGCCCGUCAGCGCCUGGGGCAAGCAAUAUUUCCUAGCUACCAUGAGCUAUACACCUUUUGUUCAGAUGAUUACAUACGAAGAAGUCAACAUCAUUGACUUGACCAUAAGAACAAGUCUCUAUCAACUGCGAAAGUCUCUACACAGAUUCGGAGUAGAUAAAAUACAUCUUUACAGAGAUGGUGCGUAUGUUUUGUCAGACUGUCGUGUAACAGACAAGGAACACGGGUCAGUUACAGGUUCCUCUGCAGUUGGCAAGUUUCCGUUCGCUGUAAUAAGCGGAAGCUGCUCGAGUAGAACCAACAUCACCACAUGUGGACAUGUAAAUAGUUACUAUGGUGACACCUAUGACGCCAUAGCUGAAAUGUUGCAGCCUCUUAAGCUGUACGGUACGGAGUUCAUCAGCCCAGCGGUGGUUGGACGCAUGAGCAAAUGGGACAUAAUGAUCGUCGCUUCGGCUGAUGAUACUAUAGUGACUGUCUAUGCGUCCGGAGUAAAUGAAUAUAUCCUUCACACCGGACUCUGGGUUAAUGUGGUAGAAGCAUCCAGUUCCUCACCUGUGUACUUAAGGAGUUCCCACCCAGUCCAGGUUCUCUUGUUGCAGAGGUCAGCGUGCCAUAAAAGCGAUGAAAAUGAAGGCGGCGUGGGAGAGCUUGGGGACCCAGCAAUGUCCAUUUUGGUGCCUACAAGUUUAUUUUAUCACACAUACAUAUGGAAGGCUCCAGAUAAAACCUUGUUACCUUUUAUCAACUUCGUUGCCAUGGUUUCGGCAAACAUUUACUAUAGAGACAUCUUAGUAGACAGUUCACCCGCCUACAAGUUUCUUCAAAUUCAGGAGGUGCUUGGAAGAGCCGACUGGAAAGUUCUGGCGGGGAAACUAGCAGACGAAGAGCACGUGAUCAGCAGUUCCCGUCUGAAGGUGUUUGGCUGUUACUUCUACGGACUUGGCCAGACGUACGCCUACAUGCAGCCUGGCGGGUUCCUGAGUGAUCACGACGAUUUGUCGUGCAAAGACAGGAAGGGACAUGCAGUCGACAACAUUGACAAUGACUGCGAUGGUAAAGUCAACGAGGAAUCAAUGAACAAUAAAGAUGAUGACAUGGAUGGUCUAAUAGAUGAAGAUUGCUCACUUAAAGAUCAAAGAAAUGGUUACUGGGGAUUCUGGUCGGAGUGGUCUUGUUCCAGGAACUGCACAGAUGAAAAGGUUUAUAGACAAAGGCUAUGUGACAGACCAGUUCCAAAUGUCUACGGGAAACAAUGUCUGGGUGUUGGUAGUGACAGUUUGCCCGGAGAUUGUUUCAAAGACACUAUCUGCCCUGAAAACUGCCCAUGGCGUACUUAUGGAAAAAACUGUUUAGGUCAGUGCCCCAACUGUUUGUCAGACUGCGACAGGUUUACAGGGGCGUGUACGGAGUGCGCCGACGGAUGGCAAGAUAAUGAUCACGGCUGCACUACGGAGUGCAGGUAUGGAGCUUACGGUCGUCUUUGUAAUUUCUCGUGCUUUGCCAAGUGUGGUUCUGAUUGCCUGGAGAGAGUCACUGGUCAAUGUGCAGAGAAAGGAAAGCCCAUUGACCUACUUUUUCUCCUGAUACUGCUGUUGGUCAGUCCAGUCUGCUUCUUGCAGUGCUGCAUCAAAGGAGAAGAAGAGGAAAACGGUGAAGACGCUUUAGAAAACUUUAUGAAUUUUUUCUAAUUUAAUGUUUUAAUGUAGUCACACCACUGUCCAGUACAGUUUUUUUAAUGGAAAAAAAUGAUUUGUCAAAAAAAUAAACAUUUCU